AUAAAUACCAACUCAACAAACCCUUCUUCAGUCUCUCCUCACUCCUAUAGCAAACCACAACAAAAACAUAAAAGAUAACAAAGAAAACCCCAUUUCACUCUCAAAGGAAUGGCGAUUAUAAACCGGAGCAAGCUGACCCAAACGACUAUGAUAAAGCAAAUCUUGAAGAGGUGUUCAAGUUUGGGAAAGAAACAGAGCAGUGAGUAUAACGACGAACAUGAACAUGCUGGAGACUCUCUUCCUCUGGAUGUUCCCAAAGGUCACUUCGUGGUCUACGUAGGAGGGAAUCGGGUCAGGUACGUCUUACCCAUUUCGUUUUUGACCCGACCCGAGUUUCAGCUUCUUUUACAACAAGCUGAGGAAGAGUUUGGCUUCGAGCACAACAUGGGUCUCACUAUCCCUUGUGAGGAAGUAGCUUUCAAGUCUCUCAUCACCUCUAUGCUUCAAUCCACAUAUAUUUAAUUAGGGUUUUUAUUUUUAAUUAAGCAUAAAGAUCUGUUUUUAAUUAGCUUUCUAAAAAUUUUGGUGAUUUUGGGGUACAAUAGGGUAAAUGUUUCUAAUUAGAACGAGACCAACUUUAGAGAUACCUCCAAGAUUUGUAGGGGGGAAAAUAAGCAGAUACUCUGAUAAUUUUUCUCGUUGUGGUAGUGUGAUUAUCUGUACAACCCAGUGAUGGACUAUUAUAUCAUAUCAGUGAUGAAUGCUAUUUUUCUUCUUAUAA